AUGAAACCUCCUCCGAGCUCGACGGCGGGCCCAGAGCCGCCGCCAGGGAGCUCGUCUCCAGCUCGAGUUUUUCACCUCUUUGGCAAGCUCCCAGUCGAGCUCCGGCUGCGAAUAUGGACUCUCAACCUCCCCGAAACCCGCGUACUACCCAUCAGAUGCGGUGACGCACUGACGUCUCCAGCGCCAUCUCCACCUCUGCGGCCAUCCUCCACACAGCCAUCCUCGACAGCCUCCUCCUCCUCUGCCUCGCUGUCACCCUUCACCUCGGGACCUGUGUCACCACCACUUGCACUACCAGUACCACCACCGCCGCCACCGGGACCCCCAUGCCGCUGCACCUGCUCCUCGCCAAUUCCGACGAACCUGCACGUCUGCCAAGAGUCCCGCGAGGACGCCCUGCGCCACUACCGCCUCGCCUUCGGCAUCGCCCGCCAGCCGCCCCGCAUAUUCUUCGAUCCGGAGCGGGACGUGCUCUACUUCGGGCCCCGCGACGGCUACAUGGCCUCCGAGGCCCAGUUCCGUACCGUGCUCGCCCUCGCGCGGCCCGAGGACCUCGCCCUGGUGCGGCGCCUCGCCCUCAACGACGCCCUCUUCUGGGCCGACGCCGCCGCCGCGCCGCGCUCGUACCACAGCGCCGUGGCCGCCAGCCUGACGGUUGAGGUGCUGCGGCAGGUGCGCCGGCGCCUGCCGGGCCUGCGGGAGCUCAUCUUUGUGCCGCGCGACGGCAACCCAGUCUACAGCGGCGAGGCGGCGCUCGUGGAGCCGCCGGUCGAGCAGCCGCGCCUCGCAAACCAGAUCCGGGUGGCCAUGGCCAAUGUCACACAGCAGUUUCCCGAAUGGGAACCGCCAGAGUGGAGCAUCAUGUCGCUCAGCUCGUCGUCCGACGCGCCGGCUUUUGCCCCGAGCCCCGAGGCCGUCCAGAUGGAUGGCGAGAUGCAAGGCGGCUUGGCCGGCGCAGACGCUGCUCCAGAUGUGUAUGCAAGUUUAAGAGAGGAUGACCGGAGCUGUGGUACCAGUCCGCAGACGUCAACGACGACGGACCUCGACGGACCCAGACCCCUCGAGAUCCGCACUAAUGAUAAUGAAAACGAGCAAGAACCCGAGGGGCUUGGAGAUAACGGCCCCACGAAAUGA